ACAAGUGAACUCAUUCAAUGCUUCCACAUGUGCUGAGAGUUUAAUUUCUUGUGUUUUGGUUAGAAAUUUGCAAGGAGUAACCUCAGCAUUGGCCAGCCAAGCCAAUAUCAGAGAUAAGAGGUCUGUUAGCCAAAGCAUCUAAAACUAUGCUUCAAUAUCAAGGUCAGAAAAGCUUACUUAUUUCCAAGCCAAAAGAGUGUCUGCCGCACGUCUGUUUCAACUUGUGAUGUAGCUUGUCCUGGCAAGCAGUCCCAGCAGUCAGUCUCAUUAUAAAAUAAAGCUACCUCAAGAAGUAAUUUGCUCAUUUACAGGACCUCCAGAGGGUUGAGAGGUACCAACUAAAGUUGUAUGUAUCUUAAAGCUUUGUAAACCUCUGCCUCUUUCCCCAUUCUCUCUUUCUCUAAAGCAAAGCAGAAUCUCUUGGAAAAGAUGGUAUUGGAAACUCUGAAUCCAAUGCGCUACAUCACCAGCCUAGUACCAGAUGUGAUGCCAGUGGCCACAGUGCCCAUACUCAUUCUUAUGUGCUUUCUGUUUCUAAUAUGGAAUCAUGAAGAAACAUCAUCAAUACCAGGGCCAGGAUACUGUAUGGGAAUUGGCCCCCUCAUUUCACAUGGGAGAUUUCUCUGGAUGGGAGUAGGUAAUGCCUGCAACUACUACAAUAAGACAUACGGAGAAUUUGUGAGAGUUUGGAUCAGCGGUGAAGAAACAUUUAUAAUCAGCAAAUCUUCAAGUGUAUUCCAUGUAAUGAAACAUUGGAACUAUGUUUCUCGAUUUGGGAGCAAGCUUGGAUUACAGUGCAUUGGCAUGUAUGAAAAUGGGAUCAUAUUUAAUAACAACCCAGCACAUUGGAAAGAAAUUAGACCCUUUUUCACCAAAGCCCUGUCUGGUCCUGGUCUCGUGCGUAUGAUAGCCAUUUGUGUUGAAUCAACAAUUGAUCACCUGGAUAAACUAGAAGAAGUGACCACUGAAGUAGGAAACAUCAAUGUGUUGAAUCUUAUGAGACGGAUCAUGCUUGACACAUCUAACAAACUCUUUCUAGGGAUCCCUUUGGAUGAAAGUGCCAUUGUACUUAAGAUUCAGAACUACUUUGAUGCUUGGCAAGCACUUUUAUUAAAGCCUGACAUCUUUUUUAAGAUUUCUUGGCUGUGCAAGAAAUAUGAAGAGGCAGUCAAGGAUUUGAAAGGAGCAAUGGAAAUCUUAAUAGAACAGAAGCGACAAAAGCUUUCCACCGUUGAAAAGUUAGAUGAGCACAUGGAUUUUGCAUCCCAGCUGAUUUUUGCACAGAACAGAGGAGAUCUGACUGCUGAGAAUGUGAACCAGUGUGUGCUGGAGAUGAUGAUUGCUGCUCCUGAUACUCUGUCUGUGACUCUCUUCUUUAUGCUAAUAUUGAUUGCGGAGCACCCCACAGUGGAAGAGAAGAUGAUGAGAGAAAUUGAAACUGUUAUGGGUGACAGAGAUGUACAGAGUGAUGACAUACCAAACCUGAAAAUUGUGGAGAAUUUUAUUUAUGAGAGCAUGAGAUACCAGCCUGUUGUGGACUUGAUCAUGAGAAAAGCUUUACAAGAUGAUGUGAUUGAUGGCUAUCCUGUGAAAAAGGGGACAAACAUUAUUCUCAACAUUGGACGUAUGCAUAAGCUUGAAUUCUUCCCAAAGCCAAAUGAGUUUUCUCUUGAAAAUUUUGAGAAGAAUGUUCCUUCACGCUAUUUUCAACCGUUCGGAUUUGGCCCUCGGGGCUGUGUAGGAAAGUUUAUUGCCAUGGUAAUGAUGAAAGCAAUUCUGGUGACUCUUCUGAGACGGUGCAGAGUACAGACAACGAAAGGAAGAGGACUUAACAACAUCCAGAAAAACAAUGACUUAUCCAUGCACCCAAUAGAAAGGCAGCCUCUGCUGGAAAUGGUUUUUACACCAAGAAGAAAUACAAACAAGAAGCAGAGUGACUAAAAAGGAUCAGCAUUAAAGUUAGAGGGCAUUCUCAGCCAGUCACUUUAAGAAAUGCUCCUCGCUCCUAGGUAAAGAUAUAAUGUAAAGCAUUUUGAUGCCCCUAAAUCACUACAGCUCCAAGUGACCACCUGUUCCGCCCAUACAAAAGAACUAAAGUUCUGGCCAUAACUUCAAUGUAAUAAAAUAAGACCAAAUUUGCAAAAUAGUCCUGUUGUCAGGUGACGCCACACUAUACACAGGACUCCCGACUACUUUUUAAAACUGUCAAGUUCAGAUGAAGUCACAUCUCACUUUUCAAAUGGUGCAAAGUCAGAGCUUUGGGGGUCAAAAUCACAUGCCUGAUGCGUGCUAAAUUCCAGGGCUCAUUUCUGGGUUUGUUACCUUCUGUCUCCAAGUUGGACUUAGCAGUACUUACUUACUGUGAAAGUUCUAAUCAUCUGUUUUCAAACACAUCUGAAUAAUACCAAAUUUGACUUUAAGAAUAUGAAACAAUUUAAAAUGCAUAAAGCUGUCACACUAA